CUGGCAGCCACGCUUGACAAGCAGCAGAAGUAUGUGGAGGCAGAGCAGCUGUUGCGGCAGUCAGUUCAGCAACAGGAGAAGGUGCUUGGCGCCGAACACAUCGACACGCUUAGGAGCAAAUACAAGCUGGCAGCAACACUUGACAGUCAGCAGAAGUACGUGGAGGCAGAGCAGCUGUUGUGA